UCAAUUCGCAAUUUGGUUUCAGGUUUCGCAGAGUUUAUAAAUAUAAAAUUAGUAAAAUAAGGUAGGAUUGCGGAAUCUUUAUAUUAUUUUUUUUUAUAAUCAAAUAAAAAGCGCAGGGUUAUUUUUCUCUGGAUUAUCGUGGAUUAAGUAUAAAUAUGGAUGCUUCUCAAGAAAAUCAGAAUAAUGCUGCCAAUGUAGACUCUGGAGCUCAGUUGGAAACCAUUACAGAACCUGUCCAAGAAUCUAUUGAAAAUAAAGGAAAUCAGGCUGAAGGCAAAAAUGAAAAUUCUAAAACAGAUGAUGAUUAUAAUGAUGAUUCAUUAGAUGACAUCUGUGUUAUAGAUGCAGCAACAUCAAUACUUGAUGAAACUUUUUCUAUUGAUGAUCCAGACUUGGUUAUUCCUGACCAUAUAAAUGAUGCUUAUAAAGAUAUUAUGAUUGUUUGCAGUACUACUGCACAGAACAUUAGAAAAACUAUCUCAGAAGUUUUGAGUUCUCGGGAAGGAGUUGUUAUAACUGAAGUAGAUCCAGCAGCUGAGCUGGAGGAAAGUUUAAAUAAGAAAAUUGCUGAUUUUGAAAAAAUUGUUAGUGGAUCUUUUGAAUCGGAUGAAAAGGCUGAGGCAAAUAGUGGAAACUCAAUUCAAGAUAAUAAUAAUAUUGAAAUUGUUUCAGAAGAAAAUAAGGAUCCUGCAAAUGUUGAUGUUAAUUCUACAGAAAUUAAUGCUGAAAAAAGUUCUGAUAUUUCUACAGAAAGCACCAAAGUCACUGCUGAUGUUUCAAACAAUGUCACUGUUAAAACAGAUUUAAAAGAUUCUGUUUCAGAUGAUAAGAAGAAGGAAAUAAUUCCUGAAGCACUUCCAAAUAAUACAAAAUCAAUCCCAGCAACACAAAAUCAGUCAUCCGAUUCCCUAAGAGAAAUGCUUAAGAAUAUAUCUAUUGAAGAGGAAAAAGUCUCCAAAAAGCAAAAAAAUGUCAACUCUAAAAAGAAAGGAGAAAAGACUAUUGAUCAGAUAUUGAAAUCACUAGGGAACGGAACAGCUGAAGAAAAGCUACAUUUAUUAUGUAAAAAGCAUUUAGAAGUAACAGAAGAACUUCGUUUGCUGGACCCGAGAUUUAAGCAACUAGAAAGACAGAUUAUUACUCAACAAAGAGAAAAAGAACAGUUGCAAGCAGAAAAUAAUCGACUUAUACUUGCCAAGUCAAGAUUGGAAGGCUUAUGUCGAGAAUUACAAAGACAAAGCAAGGCUAUUAAAGAAGAAAGUUUGCUUCGCAUCAAGGCAGAAGAAGAAAAAAGGAAAGAAAUAGCUAAUAAGUUUCAGUCCACUCUUAAUGAUAUAAGUGCUUUAAUGCAAGAAAAUUCCAAGAAAAAUGUUACGCUGAGACAAGAAAAUGCAGAAUUAGCUACUAAACUAAAAAGUUUAGUUGACAACUAUGAAGUUUGGGAGCAACAUAUGUCCAAGAUUGUUCAACAGAAGGAAUUAGAAACUCAACUUGCUAAAGCAAAACAUGCCAAAGUUAAUUUACUCUUAAAGCAAGAAACCGAAAAGUUCCUUCGAGAAAAGCAAGCUCUUCUAGAAAACUUAAGUGAAUUACAAAAACGGUGCACCUUACUUACAACAAAUGAGUUGCAGUUACGAACUGAAUUAGGUGAUUAUACCUCAAAAUAUGAAGAAUUUCAAAAUGUCCUCAGCAAUAGCAGUAAGGUUUUUGCUACUUUCAAGAAUGAUAUGGAGUCGACUUCCAAAAAAAUCAAGAAACUAGAAAAGGAAACAAAUGUAUACAAACAAAAAUGGGAAAGUAGUAAUAAUGCUUUAUUGGAAAUGAUAAAUCAUAAAGAGAAACAAGAUAAGGAGUUUGCAAAUGCUCAGCAGAGAAUAGCAACUUUAGAAAAACUCUGUAGGGCAUUACAAGCUGAGAGAAAUGAACUGCGGAAUCAACUUAAUACUCAGAAUGCUAAUUCUGAAUCUGCAACAACUCCGGAUGUGCCUUCUCUUACACCUGAAACUGGAGUUGCUUGAUUACCUGUUCCUACUGUUAAACUGUUGUAAAAAGAUGUGUUCUUUCUUUUAUUUAUGAAAUAAGCGUGUGCAUGUGUUUGUUUGUUUGUAGUUGUUGUGUGAAUAUUUAAAUAAUUAAAUAUGACGGAUUUGAUGGUUAAUACCAAUAUUAUAACAAGUUUUUUUGUUUUUUAUGCUAGUCUUAUCACUUGAAACACAAUAAGGGUUCAUUUUGUGUAUUUAUGCAUUUUGAAUUAUGUAAAAUAAAAUUAUUUUCAAUUGCAAAAACAAAAUCUUCAGAUUUCAUUUUUCAAACUUCGAGUGAUACUAAAAUCAUAUUUCAUGUAAUUGUAUAAAAGAAGUUUACUUUUUUACUUUUAUUUGAAUAGUUGUAUUUUGUGCAACUAUAAAAAAAGUAUUGUUUUAUUUAUGCAUUUAAAGAAUUCUGCUGGUCAGAGAAUUUGUGUUUUUCAAAAUCACUUUUUUAUGUUUUUCCUCUGAUAUCUUUCUCUACUUUUUGAAACUUUAAUGCUUUAUAUUGAUUGCUUACUUUUAUAUUCUUCAAAAUUCGUUUAAAAAAAAUUUUUUUUUGUCUUAGUCUGGUUUAUUGAUAUUAAUUUUCCCAUAAUAUUUACUAAAACUUGUAUAAAAUGUUAAGUAUAAUUAAUAUACAAUUUUAAGAGUAACAUCAAUAUUGUUACUUUGAACAUAAAAAAACCCAGUAAUCUUACA